ACAGGUUUGAUCCAAGGGAAUGAGGAAUUUAUAAUCAGAGAUAAUACAUAAACAGUGUGAAAACUUGUAAGGAGUAAAGAAAAAUAUGCCGCAAGACGAGGAAAAUUCAACCCAAGAAAUUCCAGAAGGAUGGGAGAAACGAACUUCGAGAAGCACAGGGAUGGUUUACUAUCUAAACAGUUAUACAAAAGAAUCGCAAUGGGAAUUGCCAACGAAGAAAGCUGAACCUCGAGCUGAUCAAUCGUCAGAAUUACAAGAAGUUCAAGCGUCUCAUCUGCUUGUAAAGCAUGAAAAAUCGAGACGACCAUCAAGCUGGCGAGAAGAAAACAUCACUCGAACCAAAGAAGAAGCGCGAAAAAUUCUCGAAGGUUACAUCGAAAAGAUUGAGAAUGGAGCUGACUUUGCUGAGCUUGCAUCCAAAUACUCUGACUGCUCAUCUUAUAAAAAAGGUGGCGAUUUGGGAAAAUUUAAACGUGGAAUGAUGCAAAAGCCAUUUGAAGAUGCUGCUUUCGCUCUAAAGGUCAAUGAGAUGAGUGGAAUCGUUGACUCUGACAGUGGUCUUCACAUCAUUUUGAGAACUAAAUAAUUUCCUUUCAUUUGCUUUAUUUCAUUAUUAUAAUUAUUAUUAUUAUUAUAAUUCCUUUUUUAUAAAUUCUUCAACAAAACUUUCGCCCCAGAAUGUUUUUGCUUUUGUAAAUUUGACUUAUGCUGAGCCAACAUCGCCAUUAACUUUGAUUUAACUUCAUCUUCAGCAUGUUCAAGAACUUCCACCAAUACAAAGCAUGCACGAUUAAUUAAAAUCCACGAUUCAAUCUGAAAGAAACAAAGCAGAAGAAUUUUUAAAAUAAAAUCAUUUUGUUCUUUUUUAAUUAAAGAAAACAAAA